AUGGGUAACACUACAUCCUCUACUCAGUCCUUUCCAGAAACGACGCAACCCAGCUUACCCAGUUUAAAACAAGAACCCAAAUGUAAGCCAUGCUGUGCCUGUCCAGACACUCGCCAAAUCAGAGAUGAAUGCGUUAUUCUCAAUGGUGAAGAACAGUGCACUGAUUUGAUCAAGGCACAUCAAGACUGUAUGCGGUCCAUGGGAUUCAAUAUCUAA